AUGGACGAAUUAGUAGUAGGAACUUACGAAGGAUUUUUGUUAGGCUACUCUUUGCGUACUGAAGAUGAGGUUACCAAAUUAAAGCAAACCUUUGCAACUCACUCGCACACAGCAUCCGUUAGGUGUGUUUCAAUAGCAGGCAGAUUUCUGGCUUCUGGUGGUACAGACGAUAAGGUGGUUGUAGUUGACUUAAAGACACGGAAAGAGCACACUGUUUUAAUGAAUCAUGAUGGUACAAUAAAUACGGUUGCUUUCACUCAUAGUGCCACCCAUCUUCUUACUGGUAGUGAUGAUGGAUCAAUAAUUAUAACUAGAACGGGCAACUGGCAAAUUGAGAAAGUAUGGAAAAAAGCUCAUGGAGGUUCACCGGUUAUAGCUAUAGCCGUCCACCCAACAGACAAGUUAGCCCUCAGCUUGGGAGGUGAUAAAACCUUGAGAACAUGGAAUUUAAUUAAAGGCAGACCAGCAUUCACAAUUAAUUUGGCAAGUAAAGGUGUGACAAUGCCAACAGAAGUGAAAUUUUCACCAGGUGGUGAUAGGUUUUCCCUCAUAUCCCAACAAACAGUGGAUGUCUGGAAAAUCAGUGAGGCUGGAUUGGAAAAACGAAUUACUUGCAAUUCUAAACCAACUACAGUACAAUGGAGUAGUGAUGAACAAAUAUUUGUUGGUCUAGAAAAUGGCAACAUAUUAACUUUGGGUGUAUCUGACACUCAAGCGAGAACAUACCCUGCACAUAAACAAAGAGUAAAGUGUGUGUUCUUUGAGAAUGACAUGCUGUAUACUUCUUCAAGUUCAGGUGAACUCAAAGUUUGGUCUAUUAAUGAGAAUAAAUUAAAGGAAGUCAGUUCAAUUAAUGCAGCCUGCAGAGUCACAUGUGUCACAUUAAACAGGCAGAGCCAUUUAAUUAAAAAGGAAGAUAUUGAUGAUGAGAAAGAGACAGAGGCCCAUGAAAGUCAUGAAGAAGAUGAAAGUAGCCAUAACGACCAGUCUGAUGAAGAGAAAUCACCAACAAAAAGAAAAAUAGGAGCAUUUGUCACUAUCAGCUAUGGUGAUGAUGCAGAAAGUAAAAAUGAAAUUGAGCCACCAGCUAAAAAAACUAAGAAAAGACGUAGGAAUAAAAAGUUGAAAAGUAAAAAUACACCAUAA